UCCACGAGAGUGCAGUGCACCAGACAACAAGUAACCGAUCAACUGGGGCACUUUGCCCGCGCGUGGCGCGGCCCAGGAGAGCAGAGAACACACCGAAAGGAAGGCCAUGGCGAAGCCGACCGUCGUGCUCCUGCCGGUCUGGGCUUCCGGCCAUUUCAUGCCCACGCUCGAGGCUGGCAAGCGCCUCGUCGCGGCCCUCGGCUCCGGCGUCUCCCUUACCGUGCUCGUCAUGCGGCCCCCGACGCGCGAGUCCGCGUCGCAGGUCGCCGCGCACGUCGCGCGCGAGUCUGCUACCGAGCCCGGCGUCGGCGGCGGCUGCGAGGUGAUCUUCCAUCGCCUCCCUAGCGUAGACCCACCCACGGACUGCGUCACCGUCGAGGAGUUCACCUCCCGCUACAUCCACCUCCACGCGCCGCACGUCAGGGCCGCCGUGGCCGCGCUGCCGGCCCCCGCCGCCGCGCUCGUCGUCGAAUUCACCUCCACGACCAUGCUCGACGUCGCCCGGGAGCUCGGCGUCCCGGCAUACGUCUAUUUCGCUUCGUCUGCCGCCAUGCUCGCGCUCAUGCUGCGGCUGCCGGCGCUACACGAGGAGGUGACCGCGGACUUUGGGGAGAUGGAGGGCCAGCACGUGCACGUCUCAGGCUUGCCUCCGGUGCCGGCGUCGUGUAUGCCGCAGUCCGUAAUGAGCAAGAAGAGCCCGAGCUAUGCGGACACCGUGUACCACGGCGGACGCCUCACGGAGGCCGAAGGAAUCAUCGUGAACACCGCAACGGAGCUCGAACCGGCUGUGCUGGCGGCGAUCGCCAAAAGCCAAUGCACGCCUGAACGCCCAGCCCCGCCGCUGUACCCAAUCGGCCCGGUGAUCCCAUCGGACGGGGCAUCGAGCAACUAUGACUGUCUCCAGUGGCUCGACGUGCAAUCGCAUACCUCGGUGGUGUUCCUCUGCUUCGGCAGCCUAGGAUUCCUCAGCGCGGAGCAGGUGAGGGAAGCAGCCACGGGCCUUGAGCGAAGCGGGCAGCGCUUCCUGUGGGCUCUGCGUGCAUCGCCGACCGUGGAGUUCCGCCACUCGUCGGACGCUAGCAUCCUGGAUGACCUUCUUCCGGAUGGGUUCUUGGAACGGACAAAGGAAAGGGGGCUCGUGUGGCCGGCGUGGGCGCCGCAGCGGGAGAUCCUGGCGCACCCCGCCGUGGGCGGCUUCGUGACGCACUGCGGCUGGAACUCGGUACUCGAGGCCCUGUGGGCCGGCGUGCCUAUGGCGCCGUGGCCGCUGUACGCGGAGCAGCACCUAAACGCGUUCGAGCUCGUGGCCGCCAUGGGCGUCGCGGUCAGGAUGGAUGUUGACAGGAAGAGGAACAACUUGGUGGAGGCGGGGGAGCUGGCGCGGGCGGUACGGUGCCUUGUGAGCGGCACCGCCGAGGAAGAGGAGGGCAAGCGGGCGAGGGAGAGGGCCGCGGUGGCGAGGGACGCGUGCCGGAAGGCAGUGGCGCGCGGCGGGUCUUCCUACGCUUCGUUGCACGGCGUCGCCGCGGCCUUGCGGCGUCGGUUGGAAGCGUGAGGGGACGCGAGGUGACCACCUCGAUAGGCAUCGGAAGCAAUUUUUGAUAGUGGUGAUUCGUACACGUCGCUCGCUCAUUCCAAAUUUUGAUGUACCUCAGUUCAGGAUACACAAACUACACACGCAGGCCAACAAUCUAACGUUGAGGACUUGGCCUUCGCUUUCUGGUUAAGUCCCCAAGAGUCCAAACACAUAGCAGUGGUGGACCAAGGACUUGCAGUAUAUGCAUUCCAAACUUCGAAUCUAAUAAAAAUUGGGCGAAAUUGAUGAUA